CAGCUGCAUCAUUUAACCUGAACUCUUUGUCAAUUUGUAAAUCUCCAUUUAUCAUAGACUGAAAAGUAACCUUUGUUCACUUGUGGUUGUCCCUAUAUUUAAAAGAGAUGGUGUUCUAACUUACGCAAUUAAAUUGCAGUUUAUUAAGCGUUAAAAAAAAGGAGGUUACUAGUGAGUAUGGAUCCAGUAUCUUUCUCUUGAAUUGUUUCUGCAUAUAGAUUGAGCUACAAGAAAAGUCUUUACGUUCAAAAUGACGCCGGUUACUUAUGUAUUUAUUUAUUCCCCAAGGACCGCGAAUAUACCAUUGUCGGAGAUACACACAUUUUGAAAGCACGCAUCCAACUAACUCACUUCUGCCUGUCAUCAUGACGCUAAUUCACCACAAUGCCGACUGUGUGAACUCAUGCGAUAUAAACUCCUCCUCCUCCUCUUACCCCGCCUUCUCCUUCAUCCCCUUUUACUUAUUUUACAUCCUUCGCAUCCACUAGCCCCCAACAUUAUAGAAAGAAGGAGGAGAACCAAGUGGAGCUAAAAGUGACAGUUGAGAGGCACCUAUGCACAGGGCAGGACUCCCCCAUUUGUCUUCAUGGUGUUUUGGAUAAUCAUAGAAUGUAUGACAAGCCUAUUAUGCUGAACCUGCAGAGCAGCGCAAACUGGAACGGGACUAGCAACUGGUACCCAACUAGAGUUCCAACACAACACUGCAUGGUAUCUGAUGGCUGUUUGCUGGAAUCUGAAAGCAGCACAGUGGAAGAAAUCGAGGGAGUAAGGAGAGGAGAAGUCAGCAAAGGAGGGGGAGUUCCUGUGGAACGGGACAAGAAUGAGGAGUCUCAACUGAGGUUGCAGCUUAGGAGGAAGCUGCAAAGAAACAGGACCAGCUUUACACAGGAGCAGAUUGAAGCUCUGGAGAAAGAGUUUGAAAGAACACAUUACCCAGAUGUCUUUGCAAGGGAGCGACUGGCAAACAAGAUUGAUCUACCUGAGGCCAGGAUACAGGUAUGGUUCUCAAAUCGAAGAGCCAAGUGGAGAAGAGAGGAGAAGCUGCGCAACCAAAGGAGAACGGUCAGUGUGAAUUCCAGUUCACAUAGUCAAGCUCCUCUGACCACAUCCUUAAAUACUUCUGUCUAUCUUCAGCAGCACAGCACUGGUUCAGGGUCCAUGUUAAGUCAAGCUGAGUCAUCACUGCCCACCUACAGCUCCCUGUCAGGUUUUUCGUCUGGAGUGCAGUGUACUUCUUCUCAGCCACCCUCAUCCUACUCCUGCAUGUUACCUUCUUCUCCCUCUACUCUAUGCAGCUUUGACUCCUCAGCAUACUCUUCUUCUCAUCUGCAGACUCCACCAACAUCAGCCACCCAGAACACUGGGCUUAUGCCACCUGGUAUCUCAGUACCUAUCCAGGUGCCAGGAGGUGAGCAGCAGAACAUGAGCCAGAACGUGGGUCAGUACUGGGUCAGGUUACAGUAGGCAACAGAUACUUCCUGCAAGAGAGAAAGAAACCAAGGGCAUGUAAUGACUUCUAUUGUGAAGUACACUUCAGGUAGCUGCCUGAAAUGCCACGAAUUGUUCUUGGUUUAAAAAAAUAAAAUAAAAUAAAGCAUGCUGUGCACCAUUUGGGGAUGGAUUUUGAGAGCUAGUGCUUGUAUUACCAGUUUUUCUGGACUAUAAGUCAC